UUCUAAUUCUUCUCUGUCAUUUAAGAGGCUUUCAAGGUGCACUGUACAUCCCAGACCAGCUCUUACUCAUAGAGGAAAUCUGAUCUGCUGCAGCACGGAAAUAUCAGCGGUGACCACGGCGAGACAAAUUCCUUAGGGAGCUGCCUGUUCUUAAGCCAAGUGUUCAUGAUAACAUCCAGCUGGCUUAUACAGAUCAACAACCCCCUUGUGAAUAAUGGUUAAAAACGUAACCCACCUGGAUGUUGAAACGCUGGCAAUGCUCCAGAAUAAAGCUAUCUCCAUCACCCUCCCAGUUGUGUAUACACUGGUAGCUAUCAUCAGUAUCCCUGGCAACUUGUUCUCCCUUUGGGUGCUCUGCUUGCACAUCAAACCCAAAACACCUUCUGUUAUCUUCAUGAUCAACCUAAGCAUCACGGAUCUCAUGCUGGUCAGCUGCUUUCCCUUCCAGAUUUCUUAUCACAUCCACAACAAUCACUGGAGCUUUGGCAAGACACUUUGCAGCCUUGUGACUGUGAUGUUCUACUCCAACAUGUAUUCUUCCAUACUGACCAUGACUUGUAUCAGCAUUGAGCGGUACAUGGGUGUGGUAUAUCCCAUGAAGUUGAUCAAGUGGAGAAGAAAAAGAUAUGCCCUCGCUGCCUGCCUAGGCAUGUGGAUUUUAUUGCUACUAGCCUUCUACCCACUCGAAAGCACAGAUCUGACCUACGAAGUGAAAGAAUUGGGGAUUAUAACCUGUUUUGAUGUCCUCAAAUGGAAUAUGCUGCCCAACUUUGCAGCCUGGGUAGUCUUUCUCCUCACGUUAUUUGUCGUGCUCUUCCUGAUCCCUUUUGUUGUAACAGUUGUAUGCUAUAUUGGCACCAUUCGGAAGCUUAUUCAGACGUCAAACAGAUACGGUAACAGGCAGAAGACUAGAUCCAUAUACCUGGCGGUCAUAGUCCUUUUGGUAUUCAUCACUUGCUUCGCCCCCAAUAACUUUAUCCUACUUGCGCAUAUGAUCGUCCGCCUAUUUUAUGACAGGAGUUUGUACCAUGCCUACAAGCUCACCUUGUGCCUCAGUUGCCUCAACAACUGCAUAGAUCCCUUCAUUUACUAUUUUGCAUCCAAAGAAUUUUACCAGAAAUUCAUGCAAGUGUUUCGCCCUAAGGUACUGCUCAGCGACAGUUUGGAAACCAGAAGGGAAAGCUUAUUCUCUGGCAGGACCAUGUCAGCCAGGUCGAUGUCAAGCGGACCUAUGGAUGGGUUAGAGGGAGUAAAGGUCUAUUUGCAAAGGCAGGAAAGUGUUUUUUAGCCUCAGACAUCCCCAGAAGAAAGGCACCUGUGAGAUCCACAAGUAGACACAGAAUACAUUUCUUCUUGAAUGGCUACCCUCAAAAUACCUUGCUCCAGUGACAGAACUCAAGCCAUACUUACAUUGCGCAUCCUCCUUCCAUAUUUUCUAGUAAGAAAUGGAAGCAUUAAAGAACUGAGUUUAUUCAAGAAGGCACUGAAGCAAACCCAAUGCUGAUAAUUAGGGGGUGACCUGGAAUUAGUCCUACUGCUUGAAACCAAGGGGUGAGUUUAAAAUAAAAACUCCUUUCAGGUUGUAUGAUCUCAGUGUGUAAGCAAAGGCUUUUGUUUCUCAGUGAAUGUGAAAUAUUACUGUAUAUGAAUUAGAACAUAAACUGAGUUUGGAUAUGGGGUAAGGGGAGUUAUUUUUUCUAAGAAAUGUGCUGGGGUUUUUGUUUGUUUGUCUUUUUUUUUUAAUGUAGUGCUUUCUCCUUUGUUGUAUUCCUAUAAAAGACUGAGUAGCGAUAGCCUCUCAUUUUACUAUUAAUGCAUAAUGCACAGCCACUGUGAAUUCACCACAACACUCACCCAGCUUUUUAUCAGAACCAAACCACACUAACCUUUGAAAAGGUUAGGUUGACUCAUAUUAUUUAUUUCCAUUUUUUAUAGCUAAAUAUCUCAUACAGUGAAAGAAAAGCUAGAACUUACAACGUUUGAAACUACUUCAGCUGCUGAGUGGAUUAUAUUUUCAUUUCUUGAAGUUAUUAAUUUCUCAGGACAGUGGGGAGCAGUUGAUCUAAGAUAAAUUUUCUCACAUCGACCUACUACAGUAAUAAUGCUGCUGCUCAUAUGUGAUUGGUAUCAACAAGUCAUUUUCAGCAAUUCACUAUAGGCUAUAUGCAGAAGCACCACCCCCCUCAGCAGAGAAUUUAGCUUUACAUAGUGCACGGACAGUGAGUUUACCUUUCUUAUGGCAGUGGCGUGGAUUAUUAACCAGAUUUUCAGCUGGGUAUCUGAGAAUUCAACCACAGAUGGGAGUGGUUCUGUGGCAGCAGAAACCAGCUGAAAACCUGUCCCUAUGGCCAGGUGUCAGAAACAUACUUCUUUCAAGCGGGCAAACAGAAGAAGAAAAAAUGAAAUCAAGUCUUGAGAAUGGGAGAUGUACCAAAUACCCUGGAAAUAGGUUACAGCAGGUUGAUUGGGCAGUUUUGUGUUUGGGACUCCUCUCUGAAAUAUCCUCCAGCUUGUUUGCAUAUACUGUGGCAUGUUUCAAUUAUUCUCACAUCUCAAAAACUGCUUGUGUGCUUGGAAAGACAACUGCUACAGAACAGGUACUGGGGCCAGACAAAGGCAAAGUUUUUUCCUGUAGUAUUUUCAGCUUUUUACCUGCCUUUGGCCCUCACUGAAGGUGAAGAGCCAAAAAACCACCUGACAGAGCCAGACAAGUUUCCCCUCGCAAGCGAAACAAAGCCUUAUGGUAUCCUUUUGCUGCACUGCGACUCCAUCCUACGCUGAGUAGGAGGCUGGUUUCAACAUCGUGGAUAGUUGGCCCAGGCACCACAUGCUAGGGCCACCUUGCGCAGACCUAUACUGAUUUCUGAGCGCCUGUGCCUAAGUAAAAGACAACACUCACAGGCCUUAAAAUAUACCUUUUUUCUUUGUGUAUGACAUGAUUAAAACACGAUUUUCCACCACUAAUCACAUUAAUUUCUUCACGAUAGAAGCUGGAUAACCACAAAAUUAACUGUGAGAUAUUUGUAUGUCCUUAUCUUCUGCUAAAGCAUCAUCAGUUAUUGGAGCAGGAUAAAUGUGAGUGGACCUGGUACUACCUGUCAAAAGCCACCUGAGUGUUUUGUGGCAUUUCACAGUGUCAGUUUGAAUUGUCCUGCACAUGCAUGUAACCCAUCCAAACCUUCCCAUCAAUUUUCCUGGAAGCUACCCUGCACUACCAGCCUGUGUGCUGGGUGAGGAUGGGCAGUGAGAUGGGCUUGCUACUUUAAAUCACCUUGCAUGUGCUGAAAGAGAGGAGCCCAUUGAAUAUGUUCCUGUGUGAAUCUGGGGCUCUGAGUCCCUGUUCAGCUCUAGCACACCCUCCAAAAUGCCUGCUGGUGCCAGGACCUCCAAAGAAAGAAUGAUGGCUCUUCCUAAGCCAUCCCUCAUCCGUCAGGCAGAACUUCAGUUAGUUUACUUAUGUUUUGCAAACCUUUGUAUUAAUUUAGCAGUGUGUGGUUUCACCUUGCUGUUCAAGUCCCUUCACCAUCCACUUUCACAGAAUUCCAGCCUUCUCACUACCAAAACUGUUUUCAGCCUUUUGCUGUGGCAGAAACCUUUUUUGAGGUUAUACUGAAAUCUCUGUCCUUUUUUUUUUCUUAACAUGCAAGCAUUUUUACAAUGAAAACCUUCUCCUACGUUCUCCUCUAAUGCAGAUUCUCACUGUUUUAUCUUGAACCUGAUCCUCAAGCACUUAGUCCCUCCUAAAAUGUGCUACAAUGUGCCUGAACUGUAACUGACACCAAACAGAGCCAAAAGCCCAGAAACUUUGCACUUUGGACAUCAGCUUCUGUAUUUUAAAAAUUGCUGAGUUUCUCCUUUUGCAAGAGAAAAGAUGCUCACAACUUACUGAAAAUGUUCUUCUCUCCAGCCUCACACAGCUCUUCAUAGCCCUUCAUUCCUUUUCUGACAUUGUCUAAAAAGGAACAGGAAGGAUGCCUCCUUUGGGUACUUCUUCAUGCCAUUUUACUACCUAGCCUCUAGUUAGCUCAGAUUAGGGAAAAUUCCCAUUUGGGUCAGCAUGAUUGUUCCUUGAGAAAGGAGUACAGAAAAGAACCCAACAACUGCAAUCUUUUGAGGCUGAUGGUGUAUACUGUGAAG